AUGCAAUACAAAGGCAUCAAUAGAAUGACAAGAGAAAAGAUACUUAGCUCGGAGGAGUUCAAGAGCAUGAGAUCGUUUACAGAAUCAGAUGUGGUUGAGAGUAUCUGCACCUUGGAUUCCAUAGGAGGUCUGGUCAGGGGUGUGCCCCACAGAUUUCUAUGUCUUGUCCAGAAAAUGGGCGCAAUUUCCAUGAAGGAGGAGGCUAUUGCCAUAAGUCUAGAGAAUCUAAGGCCUACUGAACCCAGGAUUGAGGAUUCUUCGAUGAAGAAGUUUCGUGGCAAUGUCUGUCUCAUAGCAGCCUCUCUCUUGUACCUGAGGCUUUCCAAGAGGUUUGACGAUUACAGGUCUCUGACGAAAUCAUUUCUUAUGGACUUCAGAAAGAUACCUGUCAUUGACAGCCAGAACAAUAGGACAUUCAUGUAUCUUGAUGUCCUUGCUGACGAUUUGCUCAACAAAAAUAGGAUAUUCAAUGUUCAUCUAGGCGGGGCCAACAGAACUUCCUGA